AUGCAAUGCUAAAGUUGCUGGUUCCUGCGUUGGAGCUAUAAAAAUGAGUGACCGUUCCUUUGUUCAAGAAAGGGACCUUAGACAGUCGUUCAGACACCAAGAACUGAGGCAAGAAGAUGCAUUUUACGGGAGAACAGGACGAUCGCACCAGCAACAACAGCAAAAUCGUGGACAAACAGAGCAAGUCCAGACAUUUGCAGGAUGGGCCAUAGGACUUUCAAGUAGCGUGUUUGCAGAACACAUCCUGUCCCAUCCAUGUAUUGUCCUGCGUCGACAGUGUCAGGUUCACCACAAUGCCUCUUGGUAUCACCUGACGCCAUUUUCCCUGUUCCAUGUGAUUUUAAACCUGGAGAGAACACAGGGUCUAGGAACUCUAUGGAAAGGAAUAGGGAGUGUGUUUCUGGCAAAGGGAAUCUUCAUGGUUAGUGAAACAGCCAUCAGUGAAGUCACCCCCCUUCCUAAAGAGGUAUCAAAACACAGUCCACUUAAGAAGCACCUGCAACACAUGGUCCUGAAAGGGCUUUCGUAUAUGAUAGCUACACCAUUCUUGGCUGCCAGUCUCCUUGAAACUGUUCAAUCCGAUGUGUCUAGCGAGAGGCCUGGAACAUUUGACUGCUUAAUGGAAGGUGUGACCCGCGUGAUGGGAUGGUGGUCCCCACAAACCACACACCUCCUACCUGUCUGGAAACUAAUUCUACCAACAGCCAUCUUAGGCAUUGCAUCCUACACUAUUACGCAGCUUGCUAAGUACACGGUCAUCUCUACCAUCAAACUUGAGGAACAGGAGUCCAGGGCAAAUUCUUCUCCGGUGGAUGGACACACAGUUGCCAAAAAGAUGUAUGAGAAUUUCUUCACAGAAAUGUUAGCUAGCUUCACUGGAAAUCUGCUUGCGGACAUGAUGACUUAUCCAAUGGAGACUGUAGUUCACCGAUUAUAUCUACAGGGCACACGAACUAUUAUCGACAAUACCGACACUGGCAUGGAUGUAAUCCCCAUCAGCACACGCUACGAUGGCGUGGUUGACUGUUUUCGAGACAUUGUGAUUAAAGAAGGAUUUUCUGGGCUUUAUAAAGGUUUUGGUGCAGUGUUCCUUCAAUAUGUAUUACAUGCAGCUAUUCUACGAACAGCAAAAUUCCUUUUCGAGAAAAUAUCUAAUGAAUUUGGCGGUUCUAGGCAUUCUCCAAGACCGCAUCCUCCUACAGUGCCAAAGCAUCCUAAUCAGUGAGGAUUUCUUCGGACGGCAGGCUCUGACAUGUGGGAAAAGGAAGUGUGUGUGUCUCUAAGUAAUUCAUUUUAAAAUUAACGAAAAAAUACAAACCAGAAAUGUGAUAAUUAUUAUUUAUGGUGAUGUAAGAGACCUUGUAAUAGCUGAAAGAUUGGAAGACAAACUGCUCACAUUGAUGUAUGACUUGCAUUUCUACAUACGCAAAGAAAAAAAACAGUAUAAUCGAACCUAGUUAUUCUGCAUGUUUGUGUAAUGGAUAAUGGAUCUUUGUCGUUUUAAAUGAUUUUACUUUCUGGGUGGAAUCGUGAUUAAUGGACAGCUGUCAUUGAUAUCCUGAUUAAUUUAAUGGCUAUUUAUGUGUAUUAGCUGUAACUGUUUUACGGAUUCAUGAAAUUAACUAUUUUUGUUUUUCGAAUAAAUCUAUGAUCUGUUUGUGUAGUUCAGUAUUGGAAACUCUAAUUUUCUGGAUUUGAAGUUGAAAUUAAGAAGCUUAAAGCUUCAUUCUACUUCAAAACUUUCAACUGUCGACUUGAAACUCCAAUAAAUGAAAGGCUGCUUCCUGAUCAUUAGCAGAUAAAAGUUAAUUUCUGAUAAUUUUGUAUGGAUUUCUAGUCUGCUUUGGAGAAGCUGAAUAUCUCCAGUGGCUGUUUGAAGUCAACAGUAUUUGAUGUACAUGUAAAUAAACUUACGUUGUAAUAUAGGAUAGAUAAGGGUAAAUUUUUGUAUCUGAGAACAAAUGGAUAAAGAAACACCAUGAUCGAGGCAUAUUUCAUCAUUAAACCCAAUUGUUUUUUAGUUAUAAAAAAGAUAAUAAUGUUGAAGUUCUCAACACGAUAUAUGAUUGCUGCCAAAAGGAUUAAGAUCUAUUCACAUAUUCAGAUUUUUUUUUUGUUUGUUCAAGGGAGGAAAAUGUAAACAAGUGCUACUAUAUAAUAUACCGGUAGCUGUAUUCUUCUAAAAUACUGAGGUGCAGUUUUGAGAAAUGGUUAUCCUAACCCCAACUUAAACAUUUCUGACUAAGAAAAAUGUGAUGUGUAUUGAUCGGUAUAUGUGUCAUUCUGUUUUGUUAACUGGAAACCAGAGUGUUCAAAUUGAAGUUAAAGGAAAAAAUUUGUGUGAAACUUUGUCAAGAAGUCACAAUAAAUAGUUUCAGACUUGAUUUAGUUAAUGUGUGCUGAAAUUUUGUUUUGUUUUUGUUUUUUUAUAACACCAUAUUAACUGUGGAACUGCAAUGUUGAUCUGCAGCAUAUAUUUUGUACAAUUAUUAAAUUUGUGUUUCAGGUUUACCAUUGCAGUUGUGUGGUUAAAUUGAAUUUUUUUAUGAUCAGCUAUAAUUAAUUAAUGUAACUGUGAUUUGUAAUGACAUCUAGUUUCUCCUGUUUUGUUUUCUCAAAAGUAUGUAAUGUACUGCAAUAUGAUUUUUUAAAGUUGAUAAAUAAAAUUAUUUUUGUUUUGUG